CGACAACAAAAUGGCUGAAACGCUUUCGCUUCGUAAAAAAACGUUCAGUUAACUUUUCCCAUGAGGAAACUGCUCUAAUCCGUGAAGGUGUUAUGAAAUUUGACAAAGUUUUGACAAAGAAAUUUUCAAGCGGCUCAACACCAGUCACCAAGAAAAUUCAAGAUGGGGCGUGGGCCGAAAUAACGGAAAAAGUGAAUUCCGUCGGUCGUGCGUGUCGCACGAUUGACGACGUGAAAGAAAAAUAUCGGAAAAUGGUCUCGAAGGCCAGAGAGUCGCUUACGAUGGAGCGAAAAAACGCCCGGCAGACAGGUGGCGGACAACCGAUGAAAGCCGCAGACACGGUAACGAUGUCAAUCAUUGAAACAAUGAAGGAAACGCCGUCCUUCAGUGGGAUUCCGGGUGCUUCUCAAUCCGAAACCACCAUCGGUGCAGUGCGCAGCGCAACAGGAUUUGUUGAGCUGCUCCAACUGGAUGACUUCCUCAACUUUGCUGACGAUAUUCGUCCAUUCGACGAUGAUGAAACAGUAAAUGGUAAGUUAUAUUGUUACUUUUACUUUUUUAAAUACAUGACUUUGUAA